CUCCCUCCACGUCACAGUUCAGACAGGUGAAGAGCAGGACCAUGGCGUUCGGAAUCAAGGCAGUAGCCGCAGCGUUUGUAGGCGUUCUAAUAUUUCUAGUAUUUGUCCUUUAUUCAACACGGGAACAGACUGGAUACACUGGGGAUAAAGGCCCAAGCGGCUUUUCAAAUGCAGGUUUUCAAGCACCACCAUCAUUGCCAGUGAAAACACUUACAAAUUAUAAGGAUCCUUUGAAGAUUACAGAAUGGUGGCAGGCAUCCUCUCUCUUGAAGUGGGACUGGGAGAAACCACCUGAGUACAAGUGCACUCCUAUAGUAAGGAAAGGUAACUGGCAUGUCUGCAUGGACGGGAACUACGCUGUGAAACCGCCUUGUCUGGUCUACUCGUUUGGAAUCUGGGACGACUGGUCUUUUGAUGAUGCAAUGGGGGCCCUUGGCUGUGAAGUUCAUUCUUUUGAUCCGAGUAUUGGCUUGAAGGACUUCAACAGAAGCAAGAAUGUCCACUUCCACGACAUUGGACUCUCAGGGACGGACAGUGACUCGUAUGUCGCUACUAAAGACAUAUAUGUAAAAAACAAACAGAUUUGGAAAAUCAGACGCCUCGAGAGUAUCAUGAAGAUGCUAGGUCAUACAAAUAGACACAUCGAUGUCCUGAAGAUUGACGUGGAGACAAGCGAGUGGCCGACAGCGAAGGACCUGGCAGAGUCCGGCGUGCUGUCCAAGGUUCGCCAGUUCGCCGUGGAGUGGCACCUAUUUCCCGCCUAUCCCAGCAAAGACAAAUACGUGGAGUUUUAUACUAGUGUGCAGGGCAUGAAAGACAAGGGAUUACGCACAUUUAGAGCCGACUUUCAUAACAGAAAGUACGGAGAAGAAAGCUGGACUUUGCAGGCAGAUGUGAAUUACGUCAAUAUACUAUUUAAAGGGAACUGAAUCAUUGUUCAAAUUCAUCAACAGACAUUCACACUAUUUAAAUACAUCUGGGAAAGCGUUUGGCACUAUUCCUAUCUUUAUACAAUUUCAUAUAUCUCGAAGUGAUUUUUGUGCAUUGUGGAAAUAUCUAUACAUGACAUAGAUCGCAUUUAUAUAACUAUGUAAAGGCGGUUUAUGACGAACAACAUAAGUUUGCAAUCACAGGUUCUCAAUGCCGACGCCAUUUUGUUAUAGACGUAAGUAAAAAUCAUGUGGUAUCUAACAGUGUCUGAUCGAUUGUAUACGACUAACAUAUCUUUGACAACCAUUCACACGCCAAAUACGAGUUUAAAAACAGUCAAAAGUUGGUGAAAAUAUGUUAGCCGAUUAAUUUCUGGCCAACACUUUUUCAAACUUCACAAAGUAGAUUGUAUACUGUUUUCGCACUGUUCAUAUACACAAAGAUGCUUGUAAACAGAAGUCGGCAAACUUGUGUUUGUCGUCGCGUCAUAAGGUAAAACCGAUUCCUAGUACAAAACCUGCAUGUUUCAUUGGCUGACUGCAAGUACAGCGUCAUAGCAUGUAAACCAAAGAAGCAGAGGAAGAACUUUGAAGGAUACCAUUAGUCAGAGAACUAGUGCCACGGAACAGUUGGCAUGGCAACGCAUAAAUAAUGACGGUUUCUGUAUUUCAUUAUAAGAGCUUGGAAGCAAAAACAGAGACGUUUUCUCAGAAAUAUAAAACAGGAUAGGAAUUAUAAUAAACGGUUAUUUAUGUCGAAAUAUACAGUAAGCGGGCUUAACUUGUCAAUAUGUUCAUAUUAGAUUUAGCUGCUCAUAUGCAUAAUCAUGACAACCCAUGAAUAUAUAUGGUCUUAUCGUU